AUGGCCAUGCUCGCCUCAAAGUCUCCGUAUCCCGCUCCUUCCAUCAGUGGAGGGGCUUCGCAGUCGUCCGGCCAGUACAACGGCGGCCUUUCCAGCUACCGCAACCACGCCUCCAACACACGUGCCGAGCAGUCCAUGAUUGCCUCACCGACAGAGUCUGAGUUCUCUGAGAUCUAUGACGCACCCGACGCCAUUCGACACUGGGACGAGGACAAAGUUGGCGACUGGCUGAAGCGCAUAAACUGCGCCCAGUAUGUCGAGCUUUUCAAGCACAACCACAUCAAUGGCGAGAACCUCAUGGAGAUGGACCAGACCCACCUCAAGGACAUGGGCAUCAAGAAGGUCGGCGACCGCGUCCGCAUCGGCUCGCAAGCCAAGCAGCUUCGCAACAAGGAAUACAAAAAGGCCUCAAGACGGACGUCAAACAGGCAGUCGCUCGCCACGCUCGACAACACAGCAUACACACCACCAUCCUCGGGCUCUCCUCGCCCCCUCUACUCUGCACGCUCCAACGCUGCCACAUCGAACCCCAUCAGCUCGCGGUCUGACAAGCGCAUGUCGCGCCAAAUCACAAACGCCGAGCUCAGCAGCUAUGCCUAUGGCGCAAAGUCACCGUCUCGUCCCGGCUCACCUCUUGUUGACCAAGAGACGCGCAACCUUCGAUCACAACGUCAAGGCGGCCUAAACAGCCCCAAGGGCCUCGACCCCAAGACAUACAGUGCUCACCCCCUGAGCGCUUCCAGCAGCUCUGCCAACAUCACCUCGCAAUUCGUACGGAAUCAACGGAGCACACCCACCGAAACUCCUCAAACAGCACGCUUCGCCCACCACGUUCGCGCCAGUCCCAGUGUAGACAGCGCCACCAACAGCGCCAUCUUGCCUCACGACAAGGCUCUGGUGCGCGUCAUAUACGACGGUGGACGGACGUCGGUAGUGAACAUUGAAGGCUGCAAGACUGCCGACGAGGUCAUGCACAAGACCUUGACAAAAGGACACCUCAACACUGCACAUGUGAAGAAUUACUGCUUCUACAUCCUCAACAGCGGGGAGCCAGAUGCAUCAUUAUCCGAGCGCUUGAGCGAUAUCGAGGUCUACAGGCUCGUCAAGGACGCGAACCGACACGAACGCGGUCGAUUGAUUCUCCGCAAGGUGCAUGCUGGUGAGCCCGACGAGGAUCAACUGAAGGCUGCUGCUGGCAUCUACCAACAGCAGAACUUCCAGCAAACACAGACUGUCUACGUACCAGCCAGCAGCCGUAGUCAGACCAAGGUCGAGAAGCUGAUGGGCGAAUCUCUUGCCGCCGUCAGCUACCCUCUGUCACCCACGUCUGCACAAGAACGUGAGCGCCACAUCAACUCGACAGCUCAGAACCUCGAAGGACCUGCCGAUGCUGCGAGAUCGCCCAUUUUCCAAGCACGUGCGCGUAAACUUAAGCAGUUCUACGGUGCUCGACCUCCCAGCGAACUCAUUACCUCCGACCUGACCUCAUACUUCCCUGACGUUGGCAAGGAUGAGAUUGACAAGACUGUCCGCAUGUCGAUCCGUCGGUCCCACAGGCUCAGCAGAGCCGCCUCCCGUCUAUCCAUGGCAUCCAACUUCAGCGUUGCUUCUAGUCUGAAGGAUGCGCCACCUCUGCCAUCCAUCGCCGAUAGUUGGCUACAGGGAGGGGCUCAAGCCAAGCCACUGCGGCCAUUGUCUGUCAUGCGACUUGGCCUGCCCAACCAGUCUGGCUACCGCGAUUCCAUGGCGUCUUCUGUUCUGGAGCCACUCGAAGAAGAGUCCUCGCUUGAGCCGAACCGAAAGUCAUACGUAUCGUUCGCCGGCGACAGCGGUUCGGACACUCUGGCUAUCACUGACCCUGAUGGCAACACUACUCUGCAGUCCUACUUUGACGAUGGCGUUAGCAGCCUUGCAGGUAGCAGCAGCAGCAACACCGAAAACGGUGAUUCGCUCAACAAACGCCUUUCCGAGGCUAUUGCUGAGGAUGGCGAAGAGUCGGACGAUGAAUUGGCCGAAUACCUUGAACAGGAUUCUUGGGAUAACGUCAAGUACAUGAAGGGAGCUCUCAUCGGACAGGGAUCCUUUGGCAGCGUGUACCUUGCGCUACAUGCAGUGACUGGGGAGCUCAUGGCCGUCAAGCAAGUCGAGCUCCCAUCCGUAGCUGGUGCUUCCCAGAUGGACCACAAGAAGACCAACAUGGUCGAAGCUCUCAAGCACGAGAUUGGCCUACUUCGAGAGCUCAAGCACAAGAACAUUGUGCAAUACCUCGGGUCCAACUCGGAUGAGAGCCAUCUCAACAUUUUCCUCGAAUACGUUCCCGGUGGCUCCGUGGCGACUAUGCUGAUCAACUACGGUCCUCUUGGAGAAUCCCUCAUCCAGAACUUUGUGCGCCAGAUCCUCACCGGUCUUUCCUACCUUCACUCGCGGGACAUUAUCCACCGAGACAUCAAGGGUGCGAACAUUCUCGUCGACAACAAGGGCUCCGUCAAGAUUUCCGAUUUCGGUAUCUCGAAGCGUAUUGAAGCUUCCACACUAGGCGGCGGUAAGAAGGGUGCACAGCGUGUUUCUCUUCAGGGCUCAGUUUUCUGGAUGGCUCCGGAAGUCGUCCGACAGACUGCUUAUACUCGCAAGGCCGACAUCUGGUCCCUCGGCUGUCUCGUCGUGGAGAUGUUUACUGGAAGCCAUCCUCAUCCUAACUGCACCCAGCUGCAAGCCAUCUUCAAGAUUGGUGGCAGUGGCGAUGCCAGCCCAACCAUCCCUGAGAACGCCGGCGACGACGCCCGAACAUUCCUGGCCGAGACUUUCCUCAUUGAUCACGAGGCGCGUCCUAGUGCGGAUGAGCUUCUGGCCAGUUCCUUCAUCACAAAUCAAGGCGCAUAA